AUGUUUGGUCGUACAAACAUUGACCCGAGGUAUCGGAUCGGGACCAGAAAAUCAGGUCACCUCAGAAGGUCUGGCUUGCGAGACUACGAUAAGCCCUAUCUCAGGCGCUUAUCCACCUCGAUAAAACCGCUUCUCCAGAUAUGGUUGCUCUUGUUGAGGAUGUUCUUCAUUGUAUCAUCCAAUUCUGUCCAACAUCAACCAUUGAUGAGCACGGCGCCGCUAUGCUCACGGAAACGCGUGCACGCUAAUGCAAUUUCUGUGUUGUUGGAUUGUUUCCCACGCCCUCAGGAGCUCGUUGAGCGUAUCACCAUUUCCGUGGUGUCCCGUGUUUCUUUAUCUCUACGUAAAUUUGCGCUGCCAUACCUACUGCGAACUGUAUGUUUGGAUGAAAGCCCCAAGCAAAUCGUUGGCUUCUUGAGCUUCGUAAUCGAAAACCAAUCUGAACUCGGCGCGGAUACAUUGGGUCCUGGCGGGUACGUAUUUGAACUUGAACUUCACGAGGCAUUUGCAUUCAAUACACAUAUCUUGAAUGAGUCUGGGGACUGGGUCGUGGCAGAAGAGGAGCCAUACCCCAUAGCGACUUGGGCGCCCAUGCUCAGUCGUGCUCUGAAGCUUAUGCACAACCUUCGAUCAUUCGCCGUGAAAGGAAACACGGACGAAAUCUGCGCCCAUGCACCUAACUUUGGCCAGGCUGUAUCAAGUUUAUACAAACUCACCUCGUUGACGCUAUGGGGAGUAUGGACAGAAACGUCCCGCUCUUUUGGUCGUGCAGUGUUUUCUUCGACGACUUUCAGCUUCCUUCGUUACUUGGAACUCGUUGGUGAAGAUGAGGAUGAUGACGAGGUAGAUAGUAUUGUGCAUGUCGAUCGUGGGAUGGGCCAAUUUUUAUCAAAAAUCAAUGGGGCCAGCUUGACAGACCUUACCCUCGGCACACUUGACUUGAUUGCUUAUUUCGAAAAUACUCCAGUUGUUUUCCCCUUCAUUCGAAGCCUCACAAUCGACAACUGCAGAACAUCCUUAAAAUCCCUUUCAGCCGCAUUUCCCUCGAUACAGACGCUCAACCUUGGUUUCUCCCUGUUUUUGCAUCGAUACUAUCACUCGGAUCCGCCGGCAAACAUAUCACUUUCCAAUCUAGUGUCCAUCGGAGGGCGAUAUAAGGAUAUCUUGGUUAUCCUUAAAUGCAAUGCCUUCCGAGAACGCGUGCGUCGCGUGAUUGUGUCGUUCACUUGGGAUGGUCAUGACGAUGAUGAUGCCCUCCCAUUCGCAUUACCAAGACUUGCGCCGCAGCUCAAAAGUAUCCAUUUCAAGCAAAGCAAGGUACAACCUCUGGAAUGGUGGACUGAAUUUGGACAACAUUUCUUCCACCUAGGAUAUCUUCAAAUUACAAUAUACUCCAGCUCGGACGAGGACUGGGAUUUUAUUUGUAAUAAUAUUCCAAUUGCCAUAUCCUCAAUUCCGUUAGCCUACCUCUCCAUAACCGUCCAGGAAUAUGCGAGUAUAACCACCAACCCAGCAUUCUCGGAAGAGUCCGUCGCACUUGCGUUUUCGAAUGGCAUAACCUCGUUAAAAUACGUUGAGGUUUUCAAACAAAAUUUGACUGAUCAGUCGGACAACUCACUGGCCGAGCAGAGAUUCUGGUGGGAAAUCGUUCGUAGGAGUAACUCGGCUGGUUUUGAGAUGAAGCGACUGAGCUACGUGGAAGGGACUCGUCUACGAGACUAUUAUGAUAUGCAAGCUGCUUUUGCUUCCACUGAAAUGAGCCACAUAAGUGACGAUGGUACGGUGAACUACAUGUGCGAUACCUGA